UGUUUUCAGGAACAGGAUUGUUCUCUUCGAACACCUCUUCUCCUCUCACCAUUGUUUGGAAUUGGAUUGGUUUAUCCCGUUCAUGAUGAGGGUCCCAGCUUCAAUCUUCCUGUCUUUGGCGUUGACGUCUCAUGCACUUGUAGUCAGAGAGAAGUCACGCCCAUAUACCAAGCGGGCGAUCGAUGAGAACGACUUCGUAUAUGUGGAUGGUCUACGGCUUAAGGAUGCAAAUGGAUUGCAUUAUCUCACGGGUCUCAAUUACUGGGCAUGUCUCAACUUGGCAGCUCCCGAAUCGCAAGGAGGCAACUACUCACGCCUUGUCACUGAGCUCGACCAGAUGGCUGCCAAAGGAGUCAAUCAUCUGCGUGUGAUGGCCUCUUCCGAGGGUGCGCCUACACCGCAACCAUUCCGCAUGGACCCACCACUCAUGAAAGCACCCGGAGAAUACAACGAAGAGGUAUUCCAAGGGCUGGACAUCUGUCUGGAUGAGAUGUCAAAACGCGGCAUGCGAGCCACCAUGACACUCAACAAUGAAUGGCAGUGGUCAGGAGGGUUUGGACAAUACGUGAGCUGGGCGACCAACAAGAGUAUCCCUUAUCCAUCCUCGUGGAACAUGACCAAAGCGCCUCAACGCUCAACACCUCGCACUGGUUGGGGUGACUAUAGCGACAUAUUCGACGGUGCCGCUACGUACGGCGAGUUCGAAGCUUUUGCAAACCAGAUGUACACAAACGAGCAGGCCGAAACAUGGUACAAGGAUCAUAUUACUACGGUGCUAACACGGCGUAACACUGUCAAUGGCCGCCUUUACACCGAGGACCCGACGAUAAUGACCUGGCAACUAGCCAACGAGCCUCAAAGUAUCGAUCUCAUCACCAACGAGAAGACGUUCUACCCAUGGAUCGAGCGUAUCUCUACGUUUAUCCGCGAACGCGCGCCUAAGCAGCUCAUCAGCGUCGGUUUGGAGAGCAAGCAAGGCGAAAUCGUGUUCAAAGCCGUACACAGUGUUGCCAAUGUCGAUUACGCGACAUCACACUGCUGGGUCCAGAAUUGGGGCUACUACGACAUGUACGAUCCAACGGGUUUGAGUCUGCUCAAUGCGCAGACGUUCGCCAAACAGUUCGUGAAGGACACGAAUAAAUGGGCUUCGGACGUUGGGAAGCCCAUCUUCCUCGAGGAAUUUGGCAUGGCUCGCGAUAACUGGCUUAACAAGGACAAAGAGUACCCAUACCUCAGCAGUGCAACCACAACCCACAAAGACGAGUACUUUGAAACCAUAAUGGGGGCCGUCAUGGACGAGUUCAAGAAUGGCGGUGCAUACGUUGGCACUAGUCCAUGGGCCUAUGGUGGCAUCUGGAGACCGGAAACUCAGAUCAUGAACGAGUUCGGCAUGGUAUGGGCUGGAGACCCGCCCCAUGAGAGUCCUGGUUGGUAUGACUUGUAUGAUACUGAUGAGGCAAUGAACAUUGUGUCGAGGCAACAGGAGGAUAUCGCGAAGUGGAUUGAGGAGAAUGGGAAUUGA